CUUUAAGAUUUGCUCAGGCCAAUUAAUACUUCUUUUUGGUUUCUCAUCUCGUUGUCACGUACUGUUGACGAGUUCAAACCAUUCCUCCUCGCUUUCUCUCCUUUCUCUUUUCUGAGCCGUCCGCGAACAAUUAUUGUAACGGUAUAGCAGAGCUCAUCCACCGAGAUGGCCGAAGUCAAGAGCGUCGACCGACACGCCAUUGUGGGCGGCUCUGUCGAUAGGAGCACUAUCGUGGGCGAGGCCACGAAGCUGAUGUUUGAGUCGGACACGCUGGAGGAUCCUAGGACGAGGACGAGGACCGUGCCGUUCGAGGUGAUUUGCCCUGGAAUGCCGAGGACGGGCACUUCUUCCAUCAAGGCAGCUCUUGAGAUCCUUGGCUGCGGUCCUGUCGCACACAUGUCCACAGCCGUGUCCAGGACGCGCGAUCUUUCCAUGUGGGCCGAUGCCGCCGAGGCCAAGUUCACACCAGAGAAGAGGCCUGACCUCAAACCAUUCGGGCGCGCCGAGUGGGACAACCUGCUGGGCGAGUUCCGCGCCACGACCGACAGCCCCGGCUGCUUCUUCUCGGUCGAGCUCAUGGAGGCAUACCCCGAUGCCAAGGUGGUCCUGGUCGAGCGCGACCUGGACAAGUGGUUCAAGUCCUUCAGCACCACCAUCAUGGCCGUCCAGUGGCCGAGCACGGGCCUCCGCUGCGUGAUGAGCCUGCUGCACUACAAGUACGGCCGCCUGAUGGACCCUUACAUGCGCCUCUCGCGCGCCUGCUGGCUCGCCGACUCCAAGGAGGAGCAGGCCGCCACGGCCAAGGAGAUCUACAAGGCCCAUUACGCAGAGGUGCGCGCCAAGGCCAGGCCCGGUCAGCUGCUCGAGUACAAGCUGGGCGAUGGCUGGGAGCCCCUGUGCGAGUUCCUGGGCAAGCCCGUCCCCGAUGUGCCGUUCCCCAACGUCAACGACUCGGCCAUGUUCCACGAUAUCGGCAGCACCGCCAUCAGGAGGGGGCUUUGGAGCCUGUUCAGCAAUCUGGCCGUCUUUGGUGGCAGCAUCGCUGCCGUCACCGCUGUCGCCAUCAACUAUGGCGCCAAGGAAUGGCUGACCACCCACCUGUCAAGAGUCGUCUAAAUGAUGGAUGUCUGUUGAUGAUAUCGUGAUAUAAAGUCUUGAGGAAAAGAGAGACGUGAACUGGGGAGGCAUGUUGUCUCUUUUUUUCUCCCUUUUUCUCUCUCUUCCUCUUGUAGACAAAAAUUGUUGGACAAAUAAGGAGGAUCGUUGCUAUUCGUUUUUCUUUUGCUUCACAUUUCCUUUGAUGUUUUUCUAUUUUACCUUUGUAUAUAUAUUCACUUUACGCAGCUAGAUAUAUCCCCAGGAAACUAGAUUAUGACAACCAGACGUGUAUCAAAAUG